AUGAGAAGGAAAAAAAGAAAAGAAGAAGAAUCAUAUUGUGUAAAUGAUCAGGGUCGAUGGUGGUUGGAUGUGGUGAACAUACCUGAUCUGACAGGUAAAAUGCAGUUAACACUCAUUCUUCCAAAUGGUAUACCUUCAACAUUGAACGUCGAUGCAAGUACACCAAUGAUGGAUCUUCUCAUUCAAGCUGCAUCUAAUCAUAAAUUAAAUCCAAGUAGUUAUUCACUUGUGGUGCUAGAUUCAAAUAAUCAUGUUAUUCAGUUUAAACCGUCUCAAACAGUUGCACAAAUAGGUAGUUCAACAAUAAGUUUGUUGCCAAAAGAGCGAGAAGUACCAAAAGACAGUACAUCAGCGUCAAAGAAAAAUCAACCGUUUGAGAUUACAGUUCGUUUACAAGUUAAUUUACCUGAUCAACAAAAGAUUUUACUACGUGUCGAUCCAACUCUUCCAUUGUAUGAGAUAAAAGAACAAAUAUGUAAACAAAAACAGUAUACGGAUACUUCAAAAUAUACGCUAAGAUUACCAACAAAAUUACAUGACCCAUUACUAUUAGGUUUAUCAUUGGCUGAAUAUAAAACAAAUGAAUUAAUGCUUGUGCAUGUUAAACAAGAUGAAAAAGCAGAAAAUGGUGGUGGAAAUCAGCUGCAAUCAUUCGAUAGACUUUAUAGAGUAAGAUCGGAGAGUCAACCGCCUAAUAAAAUACAGACUACAAGCCCAGAUGAUGGAACACAAACAACAACAAAAGAACGUCUUGCUAGUGGUGAUGUUAGUCGCGCUUUAUCAACUCCAACAAAUAUCGUUCAAAAAUCUUCAACAUCUGCUGUACCAAUACGUACUUCACAUCCUGUAACAUCGCACACAACAUUACACGCCUAUUGGAAUGAUCCAAAUUUCGAUGCUCAAUCACAAUCUUCUACAACAUCCUCGAAAAAACGACGUGCACCAAAGGCUCCCGGAUCGAAUAUUCCGUCACCACAACUUCAACAACAAUUAUACGAUAAAAAUCAACAAAUAAUUUAUGUACAAUCUUCACCAACACCAUAUGUUGGUGUGCCUGUUUCUCAGUCCCAAUAUGUUUACCCACAACAUUACGUUCAAGGACAAGCUUCCCCCCAACAAUACCAUAUAUCAGCUCAUCGUAGCCAAGAAUCGAUUGACGAUAAUAAUAAUUUAACAGAUACUAGUGAACAAAAUGGUGAUGGAACUCGAAGAAAAAGAAAAGCGCCAACGGUCAUACAAUCGCAAGAACGAAAAGAGGGUACUUUUGAGCUGAAUUGGUGUCCAUUACUUAUAGCUGAACUCCUUUGGUUUUCGUCCCUCUCUAAUGUUACACAACAUUCGUCUUCAAUCAAUCAACACCAUUUAACACCAUCGCCAGAAAAUGGAAUAACAUCAACUGUUCGGACAAGCUUGUCACCUCCCACUUCUUCUCCCGUUAAUAAUACGGAACCAUUGAUGAAAGAGAAUUUAAGCGAGGAAUUGCGAACUACUACUGAAGUCGGUCAACAUGCAUUUGAUGAAGAUGAAAAGUUAAAUAAACCAAAAGUUCCGGAGGAGCAAACACAAAAGAUUGAGUUAACGAUUGUUGAUGGUGCAAAAUUGUUGAAUUUUUUAAGUCAGCAACAAUCAGGAACUCCUUUGAUAGCUGCUGAAACUCGUCGUAUAAUGACAGAUGCCUCUACACAAGAUGAUCGUGAACAGUUAUAUAGUAAAAUUCAGAAAACACAACAACAAGACGAAACAGCUUAUCCAACAGUUAAAGUAUACGAUUCGUUAACAUCACCACAUAAAGAGGAAGAACAAGAAAAAAAUAUGAAACAAGUCGAACCAUUGGCAUCCGCAACUACAACAGAAUCGUUAGAAAAUACUAAUUACUCAGUUACUGAUAGUAAUCAAGUAACUUCACAAAAUUUGAAUAAAAUUGUAGCAGAUGUUCACACAAUAGCUGAUAAACAACAAUCUUCUGUUCAAACAUCGCCUUUAUCACAACAAUCUUCUGUUCAAACAUCGCCUUUACCACAACAACAACAACAAAAACAAAAACGUGGUAAAGACGUUCAAAUUAAAUCACCAAAAUCACCAAAAUCACCCAAAUCAUCAAAAAAAUCUCAGACAAUCGAGGGAUUAUGGAAAAUAAUGACGGAUCAUCAAAAACGUGCUGAUGAGUAUCGUGCACUACCAGAAACACAAUCAUUGCUCAAGGAAAAAACACCGCCCCUACCGACAUUAUCGUCGUCAACAGAAGAAAAUGGUACAGAUGAAAAAUCUUAUUAUCGUGCAGCCAAAUCACGUCAUGGACGGUUUGAAACGGAUGAUCGUGGAUUCGUUAAUGCGUCUGCUGCUACUGCUACUGCUACUGCUAUGAAUACAACUACUAAUCAAGAAGAAGUGAAUGUUAAUAGUAGUAAACUACAUGAUUAUGCAAAUAGACCACAAUCAUCCCGUAACGUUCAUCAACAGCAACCACCAAUUUCUUUUGCGUCAGUCGGGUUGCAACAACAACAACAACAACAACAACAACCACCACUACCACCACCACCACCACCACCACAGCAAAGACCACAAACAAAAGGAAAGGCAGCCUACGAAAUUUUGAAGAAAUAUGAAAAAGAAGAUCAAGAACAACAAGAGCCCAUUGACACAGAUUAUUUGAACACAAAAAUCAAUAGUACAUCUCCGCCUGCUUUAACGUCGGCUGAUAACACAGUUGUUGCUGAAAAAGAGAAAUCACCAACUCCCAUACAGCUUGAAGUAACAGAACGCACAACGCAUAUCAAGGUCACCGUUGAAUCUGAUCGUAAACAACUCAUUACCCGUGUCAGUCCGAGUCCUGUGGGACCACCACCAGUAGCUCCAAAACCAUUUGGAAAAACAAUUACGGAAUAUCGAACAGUACGACGUAUUGGUGGUAAUAGUAGUCAACAUCCAAUAAAUCAAUAUACGGAAAUAUCGUCAACUAUUCAGACGAAAAGCGGAAAUCCAUCAGAAGGUGAUGUAAGUGGAGGUUCAUCACAAGAAGCGAUUACGGAAUCGAUACGAAAAUCUGAUGGAAGUCAAAAUUUGGGCAAGAAAGAUCAGAUAAACGAAUGA